AUGAGACUGGCCGCGUACACUGGGGCCUCCGUGGUCCUGGCCACCGGCGUGUUCCUGAAAGCUCUCCAUCAAAGAGCGAAUUUCUACGCGGCAUGUGUAUAUCUUUCGCAGAGUAGUGCGAAUCUCAUGAUCCUUACGAAUUUGUGUCUCCUUAUCACCGGCUUCGUCCUUUUCUGGCUUCAGCGACUCCUUUAUGGCCGUCUGCGCCCGAUCGAAACCGAACAACUGUAUGAGCGGGCGUGGUUCGCUGUUACGGAGACAUGUCUGGCUAUGACCAUCUUCCGGGGUUCUCUCGGCGGUUGGUUCUUGGUCAUGUUUAUCUCGCUAUUGGUUGGAAAGGUCUGGGGUUGGAUUGGUGAAGGGCGCGUGGAGUUUCUCGAGCAGCAACCACCUGCGAACCCUCGAAUGUUCCAUGCCCGCCUGGCGCUGUCGCUGCUCCUUACGACUCUCUUCAAUGCGUUUAUGCUGCGGUACUGCGUCGAUACCGUGAUUCACCAGGCUAAGCCGGAUAUGAUGGUUAUGUUUGGCUUUGAGUUUGCGAUUUUGACUAUCCUCUCAACCUCGACGGCUGCUCGCUAUUGUAUCGCGCUGGUGGAGAUCUAUAUUAAUCGCCAGCAGAUGAAGGCAAAGAUGAAUGAACGCCGAGCACGCUCGUGCGGGAGCUACUUCCCUCCUGCCGACUUGCCUGACGAAAACGACGUGAACGAGCUGGAGAUUGAUGUCCCUGGGUGGGAAGAAAAGGGUCGCUGGGUCUUCUACCUGGACCUAUUGACGGAUUUCGUCAAACUUGUGGUCUACAUUUGUUUCUUCGCCAUUCUGCUCACAUUCUACGGUUUGCCAAUUCAUAUCCUCCGCGAUGUCGUUGUAACCAUUCGGUCAUUUGUUCGGCGGAUUAUGGACUUUGUUCGAUACCGGAACGCCACCAGGGACAUGAACGAGCGUUAUCCAGAUGCGACCCACGAAGAAGUGGCAAGAGAGGAAGUCUGUAUCAUUUGCCGCGAGGAGAUGGUCUCGAUCUUGCCAGCUCCUGAUGCUCCCGCUGAAGGCGAACAGCCUGCUGUUGGUGCACAACAUGCGCAACGUGUUCCCGAUCGCCUACGCCCCAAGAAACUUCCAUGCGGCCACAUUCUGCAUUUCGCCUGUCUUCGCAGCUGGCUGGAGCGGCAGCAGAAUUGCCCUACCUGCCGACGUCCUGUGGUAGGUGCGGAAGCAGCUGCUCGCCGCAAUGGUAACAACGGACCUGGUGGGGCACAGCCUGGAGACCAAGCCCCUGGUCAGCCAGGUCAAGGUGAUGGAGCUCCCAGAGCCCGCGUCUAUCAAUUUGGCCCUUUCAGAAUCGGCUUUGGGGCUGUGCGGGGCGACAUGUUCCAUAACCUGCACCAGCAAAUUCACCAAGGCAAUGCACCACAGCCUGCCAUGAAUGCCAACCAGCCAAAUGGGCAACAGGUUGGUUUCGGUUUCGGUUUCGGACGCCGUCCACCGGUACCUGCUCAGCCUGCUCAGCAGUUCCAAGUUCCUCCCACUGCCGUACCCUCCAAUUAUACCGAUGUCCAUACACAAUUGCAGCAGAUUGAACAGCGCAUUACGGAUGAGAUCAAUUCUCUGCGGAUCGCCACGGAGCAACUACAUCGUGUGCGUCACCUUCAAAUGGAGCUAGAUCGACUUCGUCUUCAGCAAGCCAACCCCUUCCUCCAACCUACAAGACCUGUCGCCUCUUCACCGCUGCCUGGAACUUUCACGUCCUCGACUGGCCAGCGCUACGCCAUGACCCCAGGCGAGACUGCUAUAGGACCUGGAGAUCCCCGUCUACCAGAAGGCUUCAACCUUCCAACAGGCUGGACUCUAAUGCCUCUCAGCCCUUCGGCGUGGGGUAACGGUAACGCAGAGCAAGGCGUCAACGACACGCCUACAGCUUCAGGAGCCUCGCUGGCAAGCCCUCCCUCAAAUGAUACCUCAGCUCAAGCCCCAGUGACCUCCGAGACCCCUGUCCAAAAUGCUACCGAAAGCAUUGCCUCCGCUCCAACCGCUACAGCUUCAAACACCACUGCACCAGCCACACCUCUCCAAACCGUGUUCGAUUGGUCAACACUCGCUGCAUCUCCAACAGAGCACAGACCAGAGUCCCCAUCCCAAGAAUGGACUGACGUACAAUCCGAAGCGGGACCAUCUGCAAUUCCAGCAUGGGGCAGCAAUGGCCAAGCCAAAGAACCUUCCACUGAAAGUGAACAAACCGAGGACCUUUCAAAAGGCAAGGCUCGCGCUCCUACCGUGGAAGAGGCCGAGGAAGAGGCGUCUUGA